AGAGAAGGACCAAGAAAGAAGCUGAAACAUGGGAAAGAAAAUGUCAAAAAUGUACAGUAGCAAUCACAAUAUUCUGCUGGUGGGAGAGGGAGAUUUCUCCUUCUCUUCAUCUUUAGCCACAAGAUUUGGUUCUGCAUCUAACAUUGUUGCCACUUCCCUGGAUUCAAGAGAGGAGUUGGUGAGGAAGUAUUCGAAAGCUGAGGAAAACCUGAAUGUUCUGGAAAAUCUAGGAUGCAAAAUUUUGCAUGGAAUAGAUGUUCAUACAAUGAGCAAACGUGCUUGCCUCAAACGAAAACGGUUUGAUCGGAUAGUCUUCAACUUUCCUCAUGCAGGUUUCUUUUACCGCGAACAUGACGCCAGGCAAAUCAGGUUGCAGCAGGAUUUACUGAGGGGAUUUCUGAGAAAUGCAAAGAAUAUUUUGGAAAAUGACGGUGAAGUCCAUAUAACCCAGAAGACUGGUUAUCCAUACGACGAGUGGGGAAUAGGGAAUAUAGCAGAGGAGGUGGGGCUGUUUUUGAAAUCUCAAGUGCCAUUUCACAAAGACAAGUAUCCAGGAAGAGAAGGACCGAGGAAGAAGCUGCAACAUGGGAAAGAAAAGGUCAAAAAUGUACAGUGGCAAUCACAAUAUUCUGCUGGUGGGAGAGGGAGAUUUCUCCUUCUCUUUAUCUUUAGCCACAAGAUUUGGUUCUGCAUCCAACAUUGUUGCUACUUCCCUCGAUUCAAGAGAGGAGUUGGUGAGGAAGUAUUCAAAAGCUGAGGAAAACGUGAAUGUUCUGGAAAAUCUAGGCUGCAAAAUUUUGCAUGGAAUAGAUGUUCAUACAAUGAGCAAACGUGCUUCUCUCAAACGAAAACUGUUUGAUCGAAUAGUCUUUAACUUUCCUCAUGCUGGUUUCUUUUACCGCGAACAUGACAAUAGGCAAAUCAGGUUAAUUAAUUUGUUAUUU